AUGGCGUCAUCACCCCACCUCCUCUCCUCUAGCCGCAGUUCUCUCUUUCUCCAUCCCCACGCUCCCUCACUCCCCCGACCUCUCCCCGCUACCUCCCCCUCUCCGGGCCUCCGCUUUCCCGCGCUUCCCGCUCGUCCCUGCGCUGCCGUGACGUCACGCCCUCCGCAAACCACCACAGGGGGAGGGGGAAGCUCGUCCCCGCGUCCUGCCGGUUCCCGGGAGAACGGAUUGGAGGAGAGUGGGGAGAGGGAGGAGCAGGUGGAGAAGGAGCAGAGGGAAGUAGGGGAGGAGAGCGAGGAGAGCGAGGAGAACGAGGCGAGGAACGAGAGGGAGAUAUGUGUGCGAGCGCGCGCCUUCAGUUCCCCCUCAGCCUUCCUGGGCAUUCUGCUGCGAGGCACGGAGAUCGUGUGGGAGCUCACCAUGUUCUUCCUCUCGCUCUCCUACGACAAGCUCGUCGGCCUCGACGAGCGCAACGUGCCGACGCGCGCCGCCCAGCUGCGCCGCCUGCUGUGCCGCCUGGGCCCAUCGUUCAUCAAGUCGGGGCAGGUGCUGGCGAACCGGCCGGAUAUCAUCCGGGAAGACUACAUGAACGAGCUCUGCAUCCUUCAAGACGACGUCCCUGCCUUCCCCUCUCAGCUGCGCCGCCUGCUGUGCCGCCUGGGCCUGUCGUUCAUCAAGUCGGGGCAGGUGCUGGCGAACCUGCCGGAUAUCAUCCGGGAAGACUACAUGAACGAGCUCUGCAUCCUUCAAGACGACGUCCCUGCCUUCCCCACUCAGGAAGCGUUUGCCAUCAUAGAGGCCAACAUGGGGGUGCCUCUAGCCCUUAGGGGAGACCUUCAGCGCCAUUUUUCUCUGCCCAGGUACCGGCUGACCACCCAGCCUUUUUCCCACGCUCCCUUCCCACCUCCCCUCCCCCGCCCCUACACCCCCUCUUUCCUCCCCCCAGGAAGCGAAGCGUUUGCCAUCAUCGAGGCCAACAUGGGGAUGCCUCUGGAAGAGACCUUCAGCGCCAUCUCUCCCGAGCCUGUUGCCGCGGCUAGCCUCGGGCAGGUCUACCGAGCCAGGCUGAGAGCCUCGGGAGCCGAGGUGGCAGUCAAGGUGCUGCGCCCGGGGAUCGAGCCGGUGAUCCACUGGAACCUGCUCCUCUUCCGCACGCUCGCCUCCUUCCUGAGCGGCACUUCAGUGCUGCGUGCGGCCAGGAAUCGAACCGGUGAUCUACCGGGAACUCCUCCUCUUCCGCACACUGGCGUCCUUUUUGAACGGCAUUCAGAAGCUCAGGUGCUGCGGCCGUGGAUCGAGCCAGUGAUCUACUGCGAUCUCUUCCUCUUCCGCACGCUGGCGUCCUUCCUGAACAGCAUAUCCCUCCAGAAGCUUGGGUGCAACGCGGAGCUCACCUUCACCCAACCAUCCCCAUCCCCCUCCCCCUCCCCCUCCUCCUCCUCCCCUUCUCCCCCCCCUUCCCCCUCUCCCUCUCCCUCCCCCUCCCCCUCCCCUCCUCCUCCCCCACCCCCCCAGGUGCUGCGGCCGGGGAUCGAACCAGUGAUCUACCGCGAUCUAUUCCUCUUCCGUACGCUGGCGUCCUUCCUGAACGGCAUCUCCAUUCAGAAGCUCGGGUGCAAUGCCGAGCUCAUCGUCGACGAGUUCGGGGAGAAGCUGCUGGAGGAGCUCGACUACCGCCAGGAGGCCCGCAACAUCCAGAGCUUCUAUGAGAACUUCCUGGGCGAUCCGACGGUCAAGAUUCCCCUGUGCUACGCGGAGAUGAGCGGGGAGAGAGUGCUGGUGAUGGAGUGGAUCGAUGGCAUUCGCUGCACCGACCCCCAGGCCAUCCGAGCAGCGGGCAUAGACACAGAGGUGUUCCUCACGGUGGGAGUCAGCGCUGCCCUCCGCCAGCUGCUCGAGUUCGGCCUCUUCCACGGCGACCCGCACCCAGGCAACAUAUUCGCGAUGAGAGAUGGCCGCAUAGCCUACGUGGACUUUGGCGACGUGGCGGAGCUGAGCCAGUACAACAAGGAGAUCCUCAUAGACGCCAUCAUGCACACUGUCAACCACCAGGAGGACGGGCGCAUAGCCUAUGUGGAUUUCGGCAACGUGGCGGAGCUGAGCCAGUACAACAAGGAGAUCCUCAUCGACGCCAUCGUGCAUGCCGUCAACGAGGAUUAUGUUGAGAUGGCCGGGGAUUUCACCCGCCUGGGGUUCCUGGCGCCCGGCACGGAUGUGACUCCCAUCGUGCCGGCAUUAGAGGCCAUCUGGCAGAACAGCACGGGGCAGAGCCUCGCGGAUUUCAACUUCAGAACUGUCACACGCAAGUUCAACCAGCUGGUGUACAACUUCCCCAUCCGCAUUCCCGAGCGCUUCUCCCUCGUGAUCCGCUCGCUGCUCACCCAGGAGGGCAUCUGCCUCUCGCUCGAACCCAACUUCAAGUUCCUAGAGGUCGCCUACCCCUACGUGGCCAAGCGUCUGCUGACUGAUCCCGACCCGGCACUGCGCUCUCGACUAAUCCAGGAGGGCUUCUGUCUCUCCCUCGAGCCCAACUUCAAGUUCCUCGAGGUCGCCUACCCUUAUGUUGCGAAACGCCUGCUCACCUACCCUGAUCCGGCACUGCGCUCUCGGCUCAUCCAGGAGCAGAUCCGCUUGCUGCUCACCCAGGAGGGCAUCUGCCUCUCCCUCGAGCCCAACUUCAAGUUCCUCGAAGUGGCCUACCCCUACGUGGCCAAACGUCUUCUUACGGGCAUCUGCCUCUCCCUCGAACCCAACUUCAAGUUCCUUGAGGUUGCCUACCCCUACGUGGCCAAACGCCUGCGUACUGACCCGGACCCGGCUCUGCGCUCCCGGCUGAUCCAGGUGCUAUUCAAGGACGGUGUGUUCCAGUGGAAGCGUUUGGAGAAUCUGAUCACUCUGGCCAAGGAGCAAGUGGCGCUAGCAAACAGAGCACGCCACCCAGACGGCACUGUCACAGCGAUAGCAGCGGCAGCAACACCGGCACCGGCGGCUGUUGUUCCAAACUCACGCUUCUUCCCGCUUGACCCCGCUUCCUUCGGGAGCCUCAGCCAGCUCGCCCUGCCGAUUCCGGCCCCAGCCUUCCUUACAGGCUUCUCCGCUACAGGCCCAGCCAGAGCCGCCACGUCAGCAGCAUCGGCGGUGGUGGACGGCGGUCUGGACCUGAGGGAGACGAUUCGGGACGGGGCGCGCGUGCUGCUCAUGGACCCGGGACUGAGGAGGCAGCUGCUGCUGGCGUUCACCCAGGACUCCAGGCUGCAUGUGAAGGAGGUGAUGGAUUUAUACCGGCUUGUGGCUGAUGACCUGCCGACCGAUGACCUUGUGGGAGAUAUUGUUGAAGUCAUGUUUCGCUUUGCUGCACCUGGCGUGUCGCUGGCCCUCGGGAUUGUCGCCGCCUCCUCCUGCCAGCGCGCCUCCGCCUCCACCACCUCCUCCUCCUCCGCCGGCGCUCCUCGCGGCGCAGUAGCCGCGGAAAGCAGUCGCGACCGCGGGGAUUCCGCGGGUAAAAGCGGAAAGGGAGGCUCGGCGGGGGAUGCGGCGGGAUCUGCGGCGGACGGCGAGCAGCGGCGAGUGAUUGUAGCAGUGGAUCACAGUCGAGAUAGCUUGCACGCCGUGGAUUGGGCUAUCGAGAAUCAUUUGCGACCGUCCGAUCUGGUCACGAUGCUGCAUGUGCAAUCGCCAACCGAGGCCCUCACUGCUCCCGGAAUCUACGCAGCUCUGGGCGACACGACGAUGAGUGAGGCGGCCAUGGAUCAGCUCCUUGCGCGCACGGAGGAGCGGCAGAGCGCUGUCAACGCGGAGCUCAAGAGACUGCUGCUGCAGCGCUGCUCCAACGCGGAGCUGCAGUGCGAGGUGAGGGUUGUGCGCGAUGCAGACCCGCGGGAGCGGAUCGUGUCUGAGGUGGCGGAUACAGAUGCUGACGUGUUGAUCCUGGGCAGCCGGGGAAUGGGGCCGGUGAAGAGGUGA